AUGUUGUCUCUACGCCAAACCAUGAGAUUUAUGUCUCCCGCCACCAGAGCGUUCUCAUCUCAAAGAAUUAUGAUGCAGAAACAAGUGGUCAAGACCGCUACUAAAUUGUCCGAAGUUGACGGUACCUCAAGUUUAAUCGGUCCUGGUGCUAAAGAGGGCGAAGUACCUACCGAAUUGGAACAAGCUACAGGUUUGGCCAGAUUGGAACUUUUGGGUAAAUUGGAAGGUAUUGAUGUCUUCGACACCAAGCCUUUGGAUUCUUCGAGAGUCGGUACCAUGGAAAACCCCAUUUUGGUGGACACUUACGAUGACUACCGUUACGUUGGUUGCACGGGUUCUCCAGCCGGAUCGCACACUAUCAUGUGGCUAAAGCCCACCGUGAACCAAGUUUCUAGAUGCUGGGAAUGUGGUUCCGUAUACAAAGUGAACGCAGUCGGUGUCAAGACUGAUGACGACCACCACCAUUGA